AUGGCGUGGGAGCCACAUCCUGACAUAGAUUUAGUUCCCAGAGGUGGCGAGGGCUCGUCAAAGCCGCCUACUGCUUUGCCUUCGACUGUCAGCACCGCGCCCGUCAAACGACCGCGCCCAGGAACUACAUACAAGCAGCAGACGCUCUGGGGCGCCCCUCCUCCCCGAGACGCUACUUCAAACAAGCGCCAUGCUCCUUCGGCCGAUCCGAAGCCACCCACCGCUCUGGCAGAUGCUGAGUACGAGUCGGUGAAGAAGACGUUUGGCGGUCAGUGGGCAGGUAGUUUCAAAUGGUUGCGUUUACUCGGCAUGUCUAACAGUCGUCCGUCUUUGAAGUGCACCAUUUCUGUGAAGCACGGAGAUCCACUAGCGCAUACCGCGUAUGGGGCGAAGGGUGAGGGUGCGCGGGAUCUCCAGAUUGGCAGCAUCCGCACUCACUCCGCGACCCGUGCACACAAGAACGUGGUGGAGAAUCAGGAGAAGGCGGAGGCGGAGAAGGCGAAGCAGGCCACACUCACUCGGUGGCAGACCACGGACGCUUCCACCCGUCACAUCAUUCGGCUCCUCCACAUCGCGCUCUUCGUCUGCAAGGCGGACGCACCCAUAGCGAUGUUCGUCCCGCUGUGCUGGUUUCUAUCGAAGGAGGGGUUACCAGACCUUCCUCCCGGUGGCGACUACGGCACAUACUACACAGAGGAGGCACUCGCUGCUAGUGAUGCUGCUGAAGAGGUACCUGAGCUGCUAAUGAUUGACGAUGUCGUGCGCGCCUUCGCUGACCACAUCGGCCGCAGCAGCGUGGACUACCAGAAGUUUCAAGUUAUGCAGCGGAUAUUCUGCCAAACGAAUCUAGAGGCGCAGGGGAUUAGCGAUCGUGGUGAAGCGAUCCAGCGCCUGCUCGACGUGCUCCCUGCGGCCAUAGUGGUGGACGUUACCCUUGUUGCGCACAUCGUGCAGCAGACAAGGAUGCGUCUGAAGACGCGGUAUUCCCUCCGCGACCCUUCACACCAUUUCGGCGGCGGGGAGAAAAUGCAGCUUCCCGAGUUCAUUCAGAGGCACCAGGCGAAGGAUAAACGCGAGAUGAAGGCGGAGGGCGUGGACGGGGACGGGAAUCCCGUCACGUUUGAAUUCACGCUGCACGAGCGCCCGCUCCCAUGA